CAGAGCCGCACUGAAACCGACUGAGCAUGAGCAGUCGCCAUUGUUUGGGCUAUAGAUUAGCCUAGUGCUGUCAACCUGACUUCAUUCGAGAAUAUUGUAAUUAACGAGCAGUCUGUUUGUGAUAUUAAGUAAAAGUUACGUUAAACUAGUGAUCAUUACUGUAUGAGUGAUUAAGUGAAGAGAUCGACGCGGAAGAAUGACGGAUCAGAGGAGUGGAUAUCAGCAGUUGAAUAAUGCGCAGGAGUCAGCGGAGGUGUUUCAAGAAGCCGCGGAUGCGCCUCCACCGUACAGCAGCAUCACAGCGAGUAACGCAGCUUUCUUUGAGUACAAAGAGGAUGAGGUUUACCCCAAACCCCCCUCAUACAAUGUUGCCACGUCACUGCCGUCAUACGACGAGGCUGAGAGGAGCAAAGCAGAGGCCACCGUUCCUCUAGUCACCGACAGGGAUGAGGACUUCAUUGCCAGAGACAGCUUUGAUGAUACAGAUCAACUGCGGGUUGGGAACGAUGGGAUUUUCAUGCUUACGUUUUUCAUGGCGUUCCUCUUUAACUGGAUUGGCUUCUUCCUGUCCUUCUGUCUGACCUCGUCUGCGGCUGGACGCUAUGGGGCCAUCUCUGGGUUUGGACUGUCUCUGGUCAAAUGGGUCCUGAUUGUCAGGUAUUCUACCUACUUCCCUGGAUAUUUUGAUGGCCAGUACUGGCUGUGGUGGGUUUUCCUUGUUGUAGGAUUCCUGCUGUUCUUCCGGGGAUUUGUUAACUAUUCCAGAGUUCGCAACAUGGCAGAUCAUUCCAUGUCUACCCUUCCUCAAACCCGAGUUCUUUUUAUCUAUUAGAUUAAAAUCUCAGGAUAAUUGCAAAAUGAACAAAACGGCAAAGUCAAAGAGAGCCACCUACAGCUUUUUUGAAUCUUCAGGACAUAAACAACAGCAGUGCAAAGAACACAUCUGCUUCAGACGCCCUUGCACUUGUUGUUUGCGUAAUGCAACUAAUUACAUUGGCUUUUUUUACUAAAGGAUCCGAGUUCCUCCAACCAUUUAUCUGUGCUUAAUUCAGUCGUACAGUAUACAGUCAUUAUGCAGUUAGAAGCUUACAUGUGCAUGUGCUCCAGUUCAGAAUCUGUUUUUGUAAAAUUCCCAGUCACAGUUGGUUUCUGUGGGUUUUCUCUUAAUUUGUGUGAAAGUUGUAAUUUUACUUUGUGGGUAAAUCUAGUAACUGAACUAUGUAUAUACAGUAUACGAGAAGAGAGAUAUUAAAUGUUAUAAACAUGCACUUUCAAGAUAUAAACAACAACAAGAUGCACAGAGCGACUGCCAGGUCCUUGUAAAGCCAAAAGCAUAUUAAAAGUGUAUUCGAAAAUAUGUCAGCUUGUUUUAAAUUAGUCACCAAACGGACCAAAACACUCUUAUUAUAUAAUAGGUUAGCUUAGAUUCAUAGCAGUUCGAUAUAAACAGCAAACUGAUUCAGCAUUAAAGCACACCUGAAUAUGUAAUGCGCUUAAUCAAUCAGUGUGAAUAACAGAAUGUUUUAUGAUGCCAAAUGUAGCAGUAGAUGGUUCAUUGAUCUUUUUGUUUUUAUUGAAGACUUCAGUAUGGGAUAGUGCUUCACGAUGUGUUGUUUGUGAUUUGUAUGUUUUACACUUGUCGAGUAACUUAAUAAAUGUAACAUAUAUGGCAACACCAC